GGAAGCACCGCCCCGCGCGGGUUUCCCCAGCGGCGCCGGCCGAGGGUUCCGCCAUGGAGGGCCCGGGAUCGUGGUCGAGCUCCGGGGGCGCGGGGCGGCCGCUGACGGAGGACGAGAUGGCGGAGGUGAAGAAGGAUGCUUUAGAAAGGAUGCGCCCUUACCUGUGUGAUAAGAUCAUAGCUGAGAGACACUUUGAUUACCUGCGUUCCAAGAAAAUUCUCACUAGGGAGGACACAGAAGAAAUUUCUGCUCGAUCUUCCAGCAGGAAGAAAACUGGGAAGUUAUUGGACUACUUAGCAGAAAAUCCAAAGGGACUAGAUACUUUGAUUGAAUCUAUCAGACGAGAAAGAACACAAAACUUCCUGUUACAAAAGAUAACUGAUGUAGUGCUAAAAGUCAAAAAUGAAAAGCUUGAAGCUCUUAAAGGUUUAAGCUGCAGCACCUGUAUGACCUCACUGUAUGGAGGAACAAAUAAUCUUUCUAGAUCAUUUUCUGAUGAAUCUAAUUUUCUGGAUAAAACAAAAGACAAAGAAUCUACCCAGAUACAUCACCCAGAAGAAGAUUAUAGCACUGCUGCCUUUGUGUCUGCUGUCUCUCUUCAUUCAAUGAAUUUGCCAAUUGCAGAGAUGGGAAAUUCACAGUGCAGUGUUUUCUCAGCCACCCUGCCAGGGCCUGGAGACCCUGGUGCACCCCCACUGCCCCCAGAGCUCCAGUCAGACCAGCAGGAGCCAUGUACUAGUUCAAGUGACAAUUGCUUUUUGCCUUUAAGAUCACGUUCUCUUCAGCCACAGUGAAUGCAGUGACUUUCAUUUGUUCAUCUGAAUGGUACUGAAACUUUGUGGGAUGGCUCAUAAAGGCUAAAAAAUGUUUUCAAACUGUUAGGAAAAUCGGAGGAAAUAAUCUAUGCAAUUUCUCUUCUAAUUUUGUAAUUGUGUGAUGCUGGUGCUGCUUGACUUUUUUUGUUUGUUUUGUUUUUAGGGAGCUUUGUACAAAAUAUUGUGGUGUUACACCAACAAAUGUUUGUUUUUUAAACCAAUGUGUAUAAGAUUUCACACCAGCAGAUUCUUUAGCUGGACUUGUAGAACAAAUGGGUUUUUUCUUUCUGCAGAAACUAAAAAAUCAGCUUUUCUUAAUGUUUCUGUGAUGAGUGAACUGGGAAAGAUGGUUACGAAAAGUACUGAGUAUGGAAAAAAAUCUGAACUAAAAACUUAAGCUUACUUACCGAAAAGCUUAAAUUCAUUUACCAAGUUAAGUGUUUCUCACUAGGAUAAAUUCUGCUCUCCAUGUAUAUGUGUGCUGCUCCAUUUGCAAAAAACCUCACAAAUCUGGCCAAAUCAUGCUUAUUAGCAAGGAGUUUCUUCCUUCUGUGAACUCUGUCCUCCUUGUACAUCAAAAGGCAUCAGUAUCAAAAUACACUUCUGCAGGCCUCAGUGUAUUCUUCUUGUAUAUUAGGUAAAGAUUCCUGAUUUGAGAUGCACUUUAAAUAUAAACUCUCUUUAGUACUGGAAAAGGAAUGUAAACUGCUCUAAUGGCAUUGUGAGGGCUGUAAGAAAACAUUAUUGUAGGAUGCUAUUAAGGAACAAAUCUUGUAUGCUUUGUCCCACUAGGGAAGUGGAGGAGAAGCUGUGUGACACGAAAGUAUCUAUACCUGAAGGACUCUUGGAUAUAUGGCACUUCAAACACCUCCUCUUCAAAGCAGACAGACAGGUUUACAUUUCAAAUUAUUUAGAGUCAAAUGCAUUUUAAACUGCUUCAACAUGGGAAGGUUCUCAUUUCUUGACACCAUGUAACAUACUGAAUUCCUCUCAUACUCGAGUUGUAGCCUACCUUUUGUGCAGGUGCCUGUAAUAAUUUCAGAAUGACCUGGUGGAUUCUUAAUUUGACAUGUGUACAGCUGUGUUCUGCAGUACUACACUUUAAAGGGAUGGGGUGUUUUCAGUAUAUCAAAGGGUAGGUUUGUAUUUAAAGUCCUAAAUGAUUUUGGCUCUCAUACUGCGUAUAGCCAUGGAAUGCCAUUCCCGUGCACACCGGGGUAAUGUUACUAAACUGUUCUCCUUUUGUGGAGACAGGCCACCUGCAGGACUUCAGUAUAGUCUCUAGAAAUUGUUUUUCACUAUUAUUCUGGUUUUGGAAGUAGAUUAAAAUCAAAGGCAAUGUUCAACUACACUCCAUCCUUAGUAUAUGAACAUCUUACACGUGAGAAAGAUGUGUUUAUUAAAAUCCUUAUUUUUCUUGUCUACAUUGGCAAUCAUAUACUGUCCAGACAGUGAAAAUGCUUUUCAGUGGAACUGCUUAGAUGAGAUGGCACUCUGGAAAUUAAGUGCCUAAAUAUGCAAGCCAAACUUUGUUCUUUAACAUGAAAUUAGGGAUAGGAUGAACUCCCUCUCUUCCAUUAACUGGAAUUGUAGUUGCACAUACUUGGGACAUCUAUAAAGUGAUUUGUCUAAAUGCCCCCUGUAACCACCUGAAGAGCUGUGCUUAGGCUUGAGUCCCUUCCUGAGUUCUUGUAAAGAGAAGAGCGUGAGCAGGGUUGGCCUUAACAGAGAAAAUGCAGCAGCUCAGGGUGGAGGCUGCCUUGCUGCUCCCCAUCCUGCCCCGUGCAGUGUGCAGCCUGCAGGGACCACUCCCAGUGGAGCCUACAAAAGCCUACCUGAGACCUUGAGUGAAUGUAUUGUCUUUCCAAAUGUCUAUAAUGUGCAUUUUUAAAACGUAUUUUUAUCACAACUUUUGGAAUAAAUUCUUUUGUAUAAUU